GCAAUCCCCAAACUUCAUUUUUCCCUCUCUAGGGUUUUAAGGAGGGUUUUUGAAUUUCUUCCCCCAUAUCGGAAGACAUGUAUCCUUCCAAAUCCUCAAGAAAGUAAAUCGAAAAUUUGCAGAAAGAAAAUAAACAACAGAAAUGUCUUUUUUGUUGUUUUCAACUCCCCAGCUACAACAAACCCCGCAGCCAUUAUUCCAGCCGCAGCAGCAGCAGCAACAGCUACAGCCAUUUCAGCAAAGCAGCUCCUUCUUCCCACAACAGCAACAAUCGCAAUUCCAACAGCAACCUCAACAGUUUCAGCAACAACAGCCGCAACAGCAGCACCAGCAGCUGUAUUUGUUCAACAAUGAUAAAACUCUGGCGACUUAUAGUACGAAAUGGGCCGAUCUUCAUCCAGAUUCCCAGAAAAUUCUACUGCAAAUUGAGGAGCGGAUAUUGGAGUACAGGGACGAGAGCCAGAGAUUAGAUCAGUGUAGUCGGCUUUAUGAUUCAUCUGUUUUGAAUGAGGGGUUUGAGCUUGAUGCAAGUCACGUUGUACAGGUCUGACUUUGAGGAUCUUCUUGCUUUAUUUUUUCUUUGAGAUAAUCUAGGUUGGAAAGCAUUUUUUUACAUUGAAAACACUGGUAUCAAGUUGGCAGGAAACGCUACUGAUCUUAAAAUGUGGUGAUUUUUUUAUGCCGUCAUGUUAAUAUGAACUGAAAUUUACUACUAGAUAAAUGAUAUCUGUGAACACCUUUUUCCCACUUUUUUCACAAAGAAUGCUCUUCCUAUGAAUAGUUUUGUUAUAGUAUAGGCUACUUUUAUCUGAUAUACUGCUAUGAAAUAUUAGCUGGUGAUUGAUAGAGGAAAAUAAAAUAAGAAAAAUGCCUGAAUUAAUCCAAAAUUUUCCAACUAUUGUGGUUUUUUAGUACAUUUGGCUAAAGGAAUAGCUUCAAGAGCGGCUUUUUAGCAGGCAAGAUAUUCAAUGAUUGGAAAACUAUUAACCAAUUGGAAUGUUUGAAAAUAUGAUGACUUC